AUGUGGCUGCUUCGCCCGCUGCUGCUGCUGCUGCUGGCAUUGGCCACACGGCAGCUUGGCCACGCCCACUAUACCAGCGGCGAUGUGGUCUACCAUGCCUUGCCGCAUUUCUGGACGGGCGUGGGCUUCUGUCCAGCUGGGGAUAUCAAUCAUGGCGGCAUCAGCGGCGCCUUGGAGGCGCCCGAGAUGCAGCUGCAGCUGCGCCAGAUUGGCGCAUUGCCCGCGGGCGCGGUGACACACAUACGCAUCCAUUGGCUGCUGGAGCUGGUGCAGUUUCUGGAGUACAGCACGGAGGGUGUGCCCCAAUAUGACUACGAGAAGUUUGACAGAUUUGUGGAUAUGCUGCAGGAGCAGCACCUGUCGCCGGUGCUGGAAUUUAUGGCCAAUCCGGGUCAUGUGUUCACCGCCAAUCCCGAACGCAAUUGGUUUCUCUGGGAGCACUUUGUCAAGAGCAUCAUCAAUCAUCAGUUGGCUCGCCAUGGCGCCGCACGCUUGUCCAACUGGCGCUAUGAGACCUGGAACGAGCCGGAUUUGCGCAGCUACAAUCGCAUUAAUUUCACGACCGCAUCCUAUCUGGAGUAUGUGCAGGCUGUGCGCCGUGGCCUGAGCAAAGCUGGCGGCAGGCGCAAGUCCAAGCGCCAGCAGCAGCUUUAUCGUGCCCUGCGUGGGCCCGCCGGCCUGUUCAAGUCUGAGCAGCAUCAUCCCUUCUGCUGGCAGCUGCUGGAGUUGUGCAAUCAGCAGCUGGCCAAGUGUCCCAUCGAUAUACUCACCUACCAUCGCAAGGGUCUGGAUGGCAGCGCCACAGAAAUUCUAAACGGAUCUCUGGCGCUGCUCACAAAGAUUUACCACGAUUAUCCCCAGCUGCAGCAGCUGCCAGUGGCCAAUGAUGAGGCUGAUCCCGUUGCGGGCUGGAGCACACCGCGCGACUUUCAGGCGGAUGUGCGCUAUGCGGCCAUCCUGAUAUCCACUGUGAUGCAGCACUGGCAGGCCAAGCUUGCCGGCGGCGUCAUGGCCCAACUGGAGUCCAUCAGCCAUGACAAUGCCUUUCUCAGCUAUCAUCCAUAUGAGUUUAGCCAGCGCACUUUGUUGGCGCAUUUUCGCAUGAAUGAGACGCAGCCGACGCAUUCGCAGUUCGUGCAAAAGCCCGUCUACGCGGCGCUGGGCAUGUUGGCCAAGCUGGGCACUCGAGCCGCAGACCUGGAGCUGGUGAACAUGGACAGCAAGCACAGUGUGCAGGUAUUGCGCAGCAUCUCCGGCAAUGGGGUGGCACAGUAUAUGGCCACCAUAUUCCUGAGUCCCGAACAGGCGGGACCCCAACUGACGGCCUAUCAUCACAAAUACACGCUGAAUAUGUCCAUUGCGAAUGAGUCGGCCUUCAUCACGGAGCUGCUGGUGCCGCACAGCACAGAUCCUGCGCACGUGUGGCAGCAGGCCGGCAGUCCCGCCUAUCCGAAUGCCACGCUGCGCGAAGCCAUGCGACGGGCGCAGACACCCAGACUAUACGAGACUGGCCCCAUUUGGCAGUACAACAGCGAGCUGGUUGUCAACUCGGCCAGCCUGCCGCUGCCGUGGGUGAUGCUGUUGCGCGUCUGUUCGGCGGCAUGGCCCAAGCUGAAGCGGCCGCAGCAGCUGGAAAUUGUGGAGGUAACACAGCGCGAGGUAUUCAUCCGAUGGAGCGAACAAUCACGCUCCACCCAGUGCCUGAAGAGCUAUGAGGUUUGGUUCAGGGAGCGUGCCGGCUCCGAAUGGUUGCACAUCUCCAUGGACUGGCAUCUGCCCUAUCCAUCGUUUCAAUAUGCGCCGGGCCCGAAUGGCAGCGUAAAUGGUUUCUAUAAGGUGCGCGGCGUGGAUGUGUUUAAUGAGAGCAGCGCCUUCUCACAAAUAGUCGAAUAUCUGGAGUUAUAAUUUAGCACAACAACUUUAUCAAACAUAUUUAUAUAAAUUGUAUGGGUUUAUUAACAUAUCGAGCAUAUUAGAUGAAACAUAAUCAGGCUUUGCUUGGCCGCAAGGCGUGCGCUGCUCUCUCUCCAAAUCUCCCACUCUUCAACUCUAUCAAACUUUUGGCAUGGAACUGUUUAAAUAAUGGGGCACAAAACUUCAGAGCAGCGCUGCGUCUUGUUCCAUAUAUAGUUAUCUCAUAUGCAUAAAUAUUUAUACAAAUAUAUAUAUAUAUAUAUAUAUAUAUAUAUAUAG